CAAGUGCCUCUUGUCCAUCAACUACAUUGUUAAGGCCACGAAUUGAAAGCUGUCCAUGAAGCUGGUCCAUGUUCCUCAAUUCUGUGAUCUUGUAUCCUGGGCGCUUCCGGACAACAAACUCCUCCAGUUCCUGGAGGCAGAUCAAACUUCCAAUUUCAGGAAUUAUGUCCACUGUCAGACAGCACAAGCCUUACUAUUUCCUCCCUGUCUGCCUCCCUGCCGAAUACAGCUGAACUAUCUACAAGGGAACUCGACUGCGGCCGCUCUAAGAUUCCUACGCAAGAAGGAGGUGGGAGAACUGACACUUGCCUUUGUGGGAAGCUUCAUCUUCCUCUGCCUCUGCCUCUGCCUCAGACGCAUCUGCCAACUGCUUUGCCUCUGCAUCGUCAAGGAAGGCCUGCAAUUGAGAGAGAGUGCAAGAGAGGGUAUCUAGCUUGCCCUGGAUGCCUUUAUAAGAUCUGAACUGAUCAAGAGCUACUUCUGACAAUUUUUGAAAGAGGGUCUGCAUGAAGGCUCCCAAAAUUGCUUCUGCAGCCAUGGGAGUAUGCUUCAGUGUUUCCUCCUCUUGUGGCCUGAAUCUUGGUUUGUUUC